AUGGCCGACGCCGACGCCGACGCCGGCGAGGUCCUCGACGCCAUCGCCAUGAGCAACCACGCCUUUGACGCGCAGCACCACCCCGCCAUCGAGAGCGCCCUGGCCUCCGACGCGCAGCACCACCCCGCCGCCGAGAGCGCCCUGGCCUCCGACGCGCAGCACCACCCCGCCGCCGAGAGCGCCCUCGAAACGGUGCCGCCCGAGCUCCACCACCACUUCCUCCACCUGCGCGGGGAUGACGCCGCGGGGAGUUUCCUCGCGGCCGCGGUGAAGAGGGCCGAGGAAGCCAUCGCCGACGAGUACGACGCGAGGGCGAGGCUCCUGGAGGCCAGGUGCGAGGAGGCGGCCGCGGCGGUGCGGGCGGCGGAGCAGGACAUUAGCUGCCUCAUCGACGAGCUCGCCAAGCUGAGGAUCCUAUCUGACGAGAUCAUACCACAGUUGAACUGUGAGGAUCUGGAGGAGCAGAAUCAGAGGCUCAGGGCUGAACUGGACGCGACGACGAAAGAGCUCGAGUGGAAGAUGGACAAGAUUGCAGAAUUGCAGGAGCUGGAGAAGGGUGCUUUGGAAGUCAACACACUGGACAUGGCAGGUGGAGAGAGCAAGCUGGCUGACCAUGGUCUGGGGCUGCAUGAGCUGGAGAAGGGUGCUUUUGAUGUCAGCACAUCGGAGUUGGGAGAUGGAGAAUGCAAGGUGGCUGAUCAUGCUCUCAUGCUGCAUGAAAACCACAAGCAAGAGAUGGAGGCUAUUCAUGCCAAGCUAAUUCAACUUGAGAGGCAACUGGAGCAAAGGGAUAAAGCCCUAGUGCUCAUCGCACGGCAGCUGAACAUGAAACUACAAGCAGGGGAGAUGCUCGCAGAGGAAGACCAUCAACGUCUUUUUGCAGUAAUGGCGUAUGUGAGAAAUAUUCUGGAUGAGGAAGGGAAAAGGAUGAAAGUUCCAUUGCUAGACCUCUUGAAAAGAGAGCAGGCUAACAGCAAAGAGCUCCAAGAGAAUCGCCAAGAGUUGAUUCAGGGUUUUGAGAACAUACCGAUUAGUGGGGGUGCCGUUGUUGGAAUCAAAAGGAUGGGCCAACUUGAUGAAAAUCCUUUUCGCGCCGUAUGCAAUUUGAAAUACAGGGACAAUGAUCCAGAGGGAAAAGCUGCAAGGUUGGUCUCGUAUUGGCAGGAGAAAAUACAGAAGCCAUCAUGGCGUCCGUUUACUAAAAUUCAGGUCGAUGAAGAAGAUAAGGUGUCUAUCCAAUUUCCCUACAGCAUUCAUGACCUUACAUUCUCUGAAUUUUGUGUGAAUAAUCACUUGGGUGUUUUUGGACAAUUGCAGGAGGUUAUAGAUGACAAUGAUCCAAGACUAAGCAAGCUGCGGUCUGAUUACGGCGACAGCAUCUGCAAUGCAGUGAAGGAUGGACUGAGAGAGCUCAACGAGUAUAGUUCUCGCGAGCGGCGCAUCAUGAAUGAGGUCUGGAACUUCCGCGAAGGGCGGAAGGCGACGAUGACAGAGAUGAUCACCUGCAUUUUGGAGCAGCUGGCAGUGGCGGACCCAGGAUUGCGAGGACAGGAAUUCAAGAUUCCCACAAAAAAAUAUUCAAAUUCAAUAUAACCGGGUAGGUACAGCUGUUUGGUUGUAUAACUGGAACGACAAUAGUUCAAUCAACUAACUAAAACACUUGAGAUAUCAUCCAAGUUGCUGACAUGUUGCUGUUACUUGGCUAAUGAUUUGCGCUUAUUUUCGCACAUCAUUGUGUUUCUUCGUUGCUGGCAACAUAUGACUCGAUUUUCACAUUUUCAUCUGCUUCAUUUUUUCUGAAUUUCUUUGCCUUGUUCUGCAAAUAGAGAACAAUCACAAUGAUGUGAUACUAUUACAGUGAAACAACAGAAAACACUCUCCCUAAGGAAACCCCGGACAUACUACAAACAAGUUAAAAGGAACAGGCAUGAACAAAAUAUGUAAGGCGCGAAACAAUAACAGCA